GCCGAAUCGCUGUGUGGCGGGUUCGAGUCCCGCCUCCUGACUCCCGUCUCUCGCCCCCGAGUCCGGGGCGGGGCGCAUUCGCCGGGUAACCGCUCCGCCGCGAGGGGCGGCGGCACACCUUGGACCUCACCAUGGAGUGCUACCUGCAGGGUUGUCGAGCUGCUCUGCAGGCGUCCCGGCCGCUGCACGUGGUGCUGGGGAAUGAGGCCUGUGACCUGGACUCCAUGGUGUCAGCGCUCGCCCUGGCUUUUUACCUGUCAAAGACGGCUGAGGCCGAGGAAGUCUUUGUGCCAGUUUUAAACAUAAAACGCUCCGAGCUACCUCUGCGGGGUGACAGUGUCUUCUUCCUUCAGAAGAUUCACAUUCCAGAGUCCCUCUUGAUCUUCCGGGAUGAGAUUGACCUUCACGCCUUGCACCAGGCAGGCCGGCUCACGCUCGUCCUCGUGGACCACCACGUCUUGCCCAGGAGCGACGCGGCCCUGGAGGAGGCCGUGGUGGAGGUGCUGGACCAUCGGCCCAUCGAGCAGAGGCACUGCCCGCCCUGCCAGGUCACGGCGGAGCUGGUGGGGUCCUGCGCCACCCUGGUGGCCGAGAGGAUCCUGCAGGGGGCGCCGGAGAUCCUGGACCGGCAGACCGCGGCCCUGCUGCAUGGGACAAUCAUCCUGGACUGUGUCAACAUGGACCUUAAAAUUGGAAAAGCAACCCCGAAGGACCACAAGUACGUGGAGAAACUGGAGGCGCUCUUCCCGGACCUGCCCCAGAGGAGCGACAUAUUCGAGUCUCUGCAGAAGGCAAAGUUCGAUGUAUCAGGACUGACCACCGAGCAGAUGCUGAGGAAAGACCAGAAGACCCUGUCCAGGCAGGGCACCAAGGUGGCCAUCAGCGCCAUCUACAUGGACUUGGAGGCCUUCCUGCAGAGGCCCGGCCUCAUGGAGGAACUGCAUGCUUUCUGCCAGGCCCUCAGCUAUGAUGCCCUGGUCGCCAUGACAAUCUUUUUCAACUCUCACAAUGAGCCAGUGCGGCAGCUGGCCGUCUUCUGUCCCCACACAGUGCUGCGGAUGACGAUCUGCGGGGUCCUGGAACGUUCCCACUCUCCGUCUCUGAAGCUGACCCCGGUCCCCAGCAUCCACCCGAGUCUCCAAGCCUACCAUCAAGGCAACACCCAGGUCUCUCGAAAGAAACUCCUGCCUCUGCUCCAGGAAGCCCUGUCAGCGAAUCCUGACUCGGGGAGAGUCCCCUUAGGGCAGCCUGAAGCAGGGGGCAUGUCCAGGGAGCAGGCGGACAAGGAAUUGGACAGGGCAGGUAACUCUCUGGUUUCCGGACUGAGUCAAGAUGAGGAGGAACCUGCACUGCCCCCCACGCCCAUGAACAGCCUGGUGGACGAGUGCCCCCUGGACCAGGGGCUGCCCAAGCUCUCGGCGGAGGCCGUCUUUGAGAAGUGCAGGCAGAUCUCGCUGUCCCGGUCUGCCUCCCUGGCCAAGAAGUGACUGAGGGGGGGGCUGGGGAGGGGCUGCUUGCGACCCCUCAAGUGCAUGUGGUGAGAGGUUUCAGCAGUCCUGUCUUCAUUGCUCCGGGACCUGGCGCGCUGCUCCCGCCACCCGAGAGGAAAGCGAAAGCGUGUCUGCGCCGGAUCUGCCUCCUCCCUCCCCUGCGCGCCGCGGCACCAGGUGUUCUUAUUUAAUUUAAUUCUGAAAUCUGCACUGACUUUCCUCUUUCACUCGGCAGGGGCACAAUGUGGCGCGCACAGUUCCAGCAGAGGGGCACGAAAAGAACGUGUACCCCCAAAGUGUCCUCCGUGGGCUGUUUGGACACGGUCCGUGUCUCACGCAGAACCACGCACUGUCGCCAUGGGGCCGUCCUCGGUCGUUGGUUUCUAGUAUUUAUUGAGGACCUGCCUUCAGCUAGAUAGAAAGUUUGUGCUUUGGAGACUCUCAUUUUGGUCUUGGUUCAGCUGCACCGGGCUCCGCAGCCCCCUUCCCGCCCUGUUGGGUGGCAGCGUCUGACUCUGAGCCGGCUGCGUUUCCAGCCACCCUCUUGUGUCUCAGGCUCGCCGGGAGCAGUUUGGGGCCAUGAUCUUCCAUCCCCAUCAGGUGGCCCAGCUCUCAAUUCCUUUGGUCCUAGAGCCCAGGGACCUAGACAUUCAGAAGACCCUGGUUGCUGAGAUCAGGGGCGCCCAGGAAGGCCUCGACACCUGUAGGCCCUCCUCCCUGGCCCUGGGGCUCCAUCGAUUUCCUGUCCAUCCAUCCACAUGAAGAGAAUAUGGAGUCCUGAGGCUGGCGGCCGGGAAUUGUGUUUCUUUUGCAAGAUGCUUCCUUUCUCUAGGCCUCGUCCCCACUCGCGACUGAGGACCUGGACUAAAUGUUCUCUGGUGUCCGUGAUCUGCUCUGGGGCCGGCCUCCCUCCACCUCGCUGUAUUUCCUUUUCUUUCCGUCUUCCCUGGGGACGCUCAGGGCCGCUGGACUGUGUGUGUGAUGGCGCCGGGCGCCCGGCCUCACGUCCAUGCAGGGCCAGGACUCUUGCCCUCGUGCUGGCUGAGAGCUGCCGCCCCUGACCUCUUCUGCAUGUAGAGUCUCCCUUUCGUCUUCAGACCAGCCUGUCCCCCGCCCUGCCCCACAGCUCUGUUCCGUGUAAGUUGCCAGCAGUUGGCUGCCUAGUGGGGUUUGUGAUGUCUCAGGCCUGACGUCUCCAGUAGGAGGGGAACAGUCUGACUUUGCUCUGAGGGGAUUUUCUCUGUAGCCGUUAGAAGGUAAAACUAGUCGUGUGAUUACUGAACCAAAGGAAUUUAUGUUUUGUAACUUGGGUACUUUAUUUUGCAUUUUGUUAAAGUAUUAAAUACCUUUUUCCUG